UGGCGGCGGUAGUCAAGACAUGGGAGAAUCAUGGUAGGAAAGGACGACCAAGGAAUAGCACCACUUGACGGGUCUGGGAUCAAGUUGCAACCACCAGGUCAGGCAACGAAGAUCUAGCAACGAGUAAGCGUUGAAAAAACAAGCACCAACGAAUCUCAACACGGUAAGCAACUUGGCUCUAAUGUCGCCGAGCGGAUCUGGUCGUGAUAACUCCCAUAGUAGCGGUGAUGAGUGGGUACCAAGAAGUCAACGACCACGGCAACAGAAAGGGCGAGCAAAGAAGGCAACACCUAUAGAGGUUACUCCAAUUCCAGUCGUUACUCCACCUGCAGUUGUUGCUUCAGCUCCUCAAGAGCAUGUCAACACAAAGGAAAGAGAAGGUACUAAAGAAGAUUGUACAACUAUGGUGAUCAAUGAUCGCAAAGUUACUCCGGUUCCAAGUGUUACUCCAUAUGUAGUUGUUACUCCAUCUCCUCAACAACAUGAUAUCACAAAGGAAAGAAAAAGUACUAAAGAAGAUGGUACAACUAUGGUGACCAAUGAUCGCAAUGUUACUCUAGUUCCAACUGUUACUUCAUAUGAAUUCCUUACUCCGUCUCCUCAAGAUCAUGCCGAUAGAAAGGGAAGAGAAAGUACUGAAGAAGAUGCUACAACUUUGGUGAUUAAUGAUCGCAAUGUUACUCUGAUUCCAACUAUUACUCCAUAUCUAGUUGUUACUCCAUCUCCUCGAGAGCAUGCCGACACAAAGGAAAGAGAAAGUAAUAAAGAAGAUGCUACAACCGUGGUGAUCAAUGACCUCAAUUUACUGCUCAAAUGCAAUUAG